GUCCGGUGUAUACUGUAGUGCAAUCAUAUCAUGCCGCGUCAAGGGAAGGACUUGUCCGCUAGAGAAGGAAGCAUGGGGAAAGUGCGCAGUAGGUGGGGACCGCUGGAGGAGAAGUACUUCCCCUGACGCGGCACGAUGAUGCAUCACAGUGUACAACGGGCAUUAGAUACACAAGUGUCGAAAGUGCAAACAACGUGAACAAACAUCUGUAUCGUCGUUCUUUUUCACAAAAGAACAAACCUUAGGUGUUUUUGGAUACAUAUAUUUUAAUCACGAGUAGUUGGUUACGAUACGUUCGAGCCAAAGGUAUCAAAAUCGGAGAAUGUUGUUGCUGUCUUUUCGCAUAUUUUGUUUCAGUACGAUUUUUACAAAAUCUAUAUCAACUACAAUCAUUUUGUACAUAGUCAACUGUUUAAGAGAUUUGAGAAAGUUGAGACAAGUGGCAAUGUGAAUCAAAAAAGUUAUCUAACACGUUGAGUUUAAUUAAUGCACAAAGAUGGCUGAUGAAAAAUCUGUGGUGCAAGAAUUUAAAUUGGAUUCGGAUUGCGAAUUGAGAUUUGAAGUGGAAAGCAAGAACGAAAAAGUUACAUUAGAGCUGAAGAAUGGUCUGGCUGAAGUCUUUGGCACAGAAUUAGUGAAAGGUAAAAAAUAUGAAUUUAGUGCUGGUGCAAAAGUUGCAGUUUUUACAUGGCAAGGCUGCACCGUUGAACUAGUUGGCAAGACAGAUGUCAGCUAUGUGGCGAAGGAAACACCUAUGGGUCUGUAUUUGAAUUGCCAUGCAGCUAUGGAACGAAUGAGGGAGACUGCUGAAAAAGAUGAUACCAGGGGUCCUAUCACAAUGGUUGUUGGUCCCUGUGAUGUAGGAAAGUCUACACUUUGUAGAAUACUGCUGAAUUAUGCUGUCAGAAUGGGCAGGAGACCAAUUUUCGUCGAUCUUGAUGUGGGCCAAGGACAUAUAGCAAUCCCAGGUACAGUAGGUGCUCUUUUGGUAGAACGGCCAUCAAAUAUAGUAGAAGGAUUCAGCCAACAAGCUCCACUGGUCUUUCAUUUUGGACACAAGACUCCACAGGCUAAUGUAGCAUUGUACAAUUUACUUGUCACCCGCUUGGCAGAAGUUUGUUCAGAUCGGCUACAAGCUAAUAAGAAAGCCCGUGCAUCAGGAAUUGUAAUAAACACCUGUGGAUGGGUAAAAGGAGAUGGAUAUAAACUGCUCACACAUGCAGCACAGGCAUUUGAGGUGGACGCGAUUCUAGUAUUGGACCAAGAGAGACUCUACAACGAACUGGUGAGAGACAUGCCAGAUUUUGUGAAGGUGGUCUUCUUGCCAAAGAGUGGUGGCGUUGUUGAAAGAAGUCAAGCCCAAAGAACAGAAGCAAGAGACCAAGGAGUGAGGGAGUACUUUUAUGGCUCUCGGACUCCAUUGUAUCCACACAGUUUUGAAGUUAAGUGGAGUGAAGCCAGACUCUAUAAAAUAGGAGCACCAGUUUUACCUGCAUCUUGCAUGCCAUUAGGUAUGAAGGCAGAAGAUAAUCUGACAAAAUUGGUAGCAGUCACCCCAGGACCUAGUUUAUUACAUCAUUUGCUAUCUGUUUCUUUUGCUGACUCUCCUGAAGAUGAUGUGGUGCAAACCAAUGUAGCUGGAUUUGUCUGUGUAACCAACGUCGAUGUUGAGAGACAGACAUUCACAGUGCUCAGCCCACAACCUAGACCAUUACCAAACACAGUACUGCUGUUGUCGGAUAUACAAUUCAUGGAUAGCCAUUAAUUCUAUAGUAUGAUAAAA